AUGGAGAUUUCUGGAGAGGAACUGACAGAGGGAGAGAGCCAGAUGCAGGAGCUGGCAGCCCUGGUUCAGAAAACUACCCGUAGCUGCAGCUGGUGGGAGAGGCACGGGGUAGAUUGGGCCUGUCUCAUACUGGCACUGAGCGUCACCCCUGCAGGAUUUUUGCUGCUGCGCUCGGACAGAUUGAUCCUGCUCUGCCUGGGCAUCCUGCUCCUGGGUGCAGCUCACACCGUCGUCUCGGUGAAAGGGAGUCACCUGGCUAGUCACAACUCUCUGAGCCAAUCCAAAUUCUGGAACAAGCUCUGGGCGGUGCUAUUUAUAGAGGUUUGUGGAUCUUUCACGGCGGAGAAAGGUACAUAUCAUCAUGUGAAGCUGCAUCACGCCUACACCAAUGUCAUUGGAUUGGGUGACUCAAGCACCUGGAAGGUCCCCUUCUUCCCACGUUAUAUCUAUUUGUUCAUCCUGCCUUUGGCAGUGCCAGUCAUAACACCAAUCGUGGCAAUAGGAUUGAUCCAGGAUCAGCCAAUGACAACAGUCAUCAGGACACUCUCGGCAAUCACCCUGGGGAUGUGGGUCCACUGCUGGUUCCUAAUGCAUGUGUCCGGUUUCCAAUCACUGCUCUCGGCAUUCCUCUGUAUGCUGUUGUACAAAACUAUUUACUCCAUUCCAUACAUACAUGUCAAUAUAUUUCAGCAUAUUGGAUUGGCGAUGUUCUCUCCUACAAAGAAGCCAAAGCGAAUCUACCAGAUGGCCUAUGGAGUGUUGAACCUGCCUCGGAACAUGCUAUUGGAUUGGUCCUUCGGACACUCAAUCAUCAACUGCCAUGUGGAGCAUCAUCUGUUCCCCACAUUGUCUGACAACAUGUGUCUGAAGGUGAAGCCUAUCGUAUCAAAGUACUUCAAACAACACAGCAUCCCUUACAAUGAAGACAACUAUCUCUCUCGCCUUCGCUUGUUCAUUGACAAAUAUGAAGAACUGAUGGUCAAUGCACCGCAGCUAACUGAGUUAGUGGGUAUUCAGUGA